AUGGCACACCAUCAUUCCUUUUCGCCGCGGCUGAGCCCUGCUCUUGCUUCGACCUCAUCCCUCCACGACAUGGGGCGCAACCGAAAACUCCGUCUACUUGUCGCCGCCACCGGUCCCCGCGAUACCUCCUGGGCUCAAGCACUCGUUGUGCGCCUCUCAAAGAACCCACAGAUCGAAGCGCGAGCAAUUGUCGACGAUGUAGUCCCGCGCUUAACACAAACCAUCAUUGUGAUGCAGAACCGAGGCUUGGCACUGGGAGCGGGCGACCGAGCCGACGACAUCGAGUUUUAUCGACAACAAGCAUUUGAACUUGUAGAGUGGGCAGAUCUCCUGGUCUGCGUGCCACUCGAUGCGGACAGCAUCGCUAAGAUGAUGGCAGGCGUAACAGACACGUUUCUUGGUGAAGUGCUCAGAGGAUGGGACACACAAAAGAGCAUUGUCCUGGUUCCUGGCAUGAGCACGCACAUGUGGUCAAACCCAAUGACUAAGAAGCAUAUGAGCAAAUUGUACCGCAAAUGGAACUGGAUACGUGUGGUAACGCCAAUAUUGUGGCAUUACGAAGGAUCGCCGAACCCGAAACGAGUGCCUAACUGGAAUGGCUUUAACGAGGUAUUGGGCAUUAUUAAGAACCAAGCCGAUCUACUAGGACUUGGGCGAGAUGUUGAAGUUGCAACUGGAAUGGCAUUAACAGGUGAUGCGGACGUACGGGUCCAAUGCAAGUUACCACCAGAAAUCUGGACUAUUAUUCUGGACUAUGCAGGAGACUGGGAACUUGCAAAAGCUCUGGGGAUGUACACCAACCUACCAAUGCCCUCGACAUGGACAAGUCAGCCUAGGGAUCCCGACGACCCGCUGAAAGUUUACGAGCAUGAGCUGGAAUGGACAGUAUUGACAUGCAACUCGGCGGCGAUAUGUAAGAAGAUAUCGCAGUCCCCGCCAGAAUUUCACGAUAUCUCUGCUCUGGUCAUCAAACUGGUGAUCAAAUUUGGUCUUAUUGAUGUAUUGGCGUACAUGGAAGCCAAUCGACCCGAUCUUUUCAAAGCAUUCGACGGAACAACCUUGCCUACCAAAGCAUCCGCCUAUUAUCCACGCACCGACGUAUUGGACUAUUGGAAACAGAGCGCAUGGUUUAGAGACCGUCAUGUAUACGACGCAGAAGCAGUCGAUGGCGCCUCCAAGUUUGGUCAUGUUCGAGUCCUCGACUGGUGGUGGCGUCGGUCUGGUUUAAUGAUGCGUUAUACUGAGUCUGCUCUGGAGCAAGCCAGUGGAAAUGGUCAUCUCCUAGUUCUAGAGUGGUGGCGCGACGCUGCAGCACAGGACGACAAGGUCGUGUUACGGCCGGGCCGGUCACUCCUAUGGGCAACGCAGCAUGGACAAGCUGAUGUCUUGCGGUGGUGGGACGCUUCAGGCAUCCCUGCUGCACAUGGCGAUAGCGUCGCCAAGAUGGCGAGCCGCUGGGGUCAGGUCGAAGUCUUGGAGACUUGGAGACGAUUGAAAGGAGACGACAAGCUUGUGUUUGACGCCGAAGUUCUUGUCUCGCCAACCAUUUUCAAGCACUUAUCAGUGCUCGAGUGGUGGCGUAACUUUGCUCAUGGGGAGCUUGAAGGAAUGGAGGGUCGAAAGCAGAUGGUAGAAUUCCGGACCUGCAACAUCGAAGAGGCGCUCGAAGACAGCAUAGGAGACCAGAGCGCGGUUCGGCGAUGGUGGACACAGAAUGGACUGAACCUGGGACUGCGAGACGAGGAGUGGCUCAAAACGCGCUACCUCUAG